AUGCCGUUCCCGGGCGGCUGGUGGUGGCUGGUGUGCUGCAGGCAGGGGGGCUUCACCUUGCUCCGGCGCGACUAUGGCGAGGCUGGGCGCGGCGCGGCGGACGGCGAGGAGCCCGACGCAGAGGCCUUGGAGCUGCGCGGGGGCGGCGGCGGCCAGGCACCAGCCUUGCAGGUGAACCGGACUCAGCCCAGCCGGGCCAGCAGCACUUCUGAAAGGUCCUUGACAAUGGCCGACGAAACAUGCAGCCUUAUCCCAGAGAAGAAAUGCCGGCAGGUGCAAGAUGAUGCAGACCCUAUUAUGAAAGGCUGGCUGCAGCGGGAGGUGCGGGGGGGUAGGAAGGCCCCGUGGUGGCGCCCCCGCAAGUACUGGUUUGUGCUGUCCCAGGAGUCGCUGGACUGCUACAGCGGGUGUGAGGCGGGGGCCCCGCGCCUCGGCUCCCUGGUCCUGACCAGCCUCUGCUCCGUGCUGUGGCCCGACAAGCAGACCUACAAGGAGACAGGAUUCUGGGCAGUGACGGUUUUUGGCAGGAAGCACUGCUACCGGCUGUACAUGGAGCACCUACACGAGGCCGUCCGUUGGGUGUGCGCUCUGCAGAAGGUCAUCACCAGCCAGGCCCCUGUGCAGACACCCACGCAGCUGUUUAUGUCGGACCUGGAGGAGAACCACAGUAGCCCAGAAAUCCUGGAUCAGAUGUACCAUAAUAACCCUAUCCUCCGUUACACGGCUGGCCCCAUCUAUGCCCCGCUGUUGCCAUUCCCUUAUGGAGUUGGCGAAAAUGCAGAUGGCAGCAGCCACGGCUAUGCAGCACUUCGCGACGAAGCUGUUAAACUGUUCCACUCGCUGCAGCAGAUGGAGGGGGUGAGGGAGCCAGCCUUCCUCAUGCAGGGGGUGCUGCAGACCUGCCUCGACCUCCCUCCCCUGGUGGAUGAGAUCUACUGCCAGCUGGUGAAGCAGACCACAGAGCCGCCUGCGCCGGGGGGCCCCGCCGACCUGCGCUACUGGCAGCUGCUCGCUUGCAUGAGCUGCACGUUCCUGCCCUCCCCGCCUGUCCAGUGCUACCUGCAGCUGCACCUCCAGCGGACGGAGAACCGGUUCCCUGGCUCAGAGAUGGCCCGGUACGGACAUUUCAUCAGGGAGGCUCUGCGCAAGACCGAAGGGCGGGAGCGUGUACCAUCAUUGGAUGAGAUUGCGGGGCUGAUGAGACGCCGAGAAGUGGCGUGCACCGCCCCUCCCCCUGGCCACGUGGCCAUCACUUCCCACGCCCCAGCGCAGGCGGUGGCCCGGGAGCUGACGUCACACCUGGGACUGGUAUGUAGUCCCAACUCGUUUGCCCUGUGCGAGGAAUGUGGGUGGCACGGCUGCCCCCUACCACAGAAUGCACUGGUGGCAGAUGUCCUCCUCAGCUCAGUUGGGGAAGAGCCGUGGAAGUGCCCUGGUGGACUUUGCUUCAAGCAUUAUGGAUGCCUGGAUGUAGACAGCAUCCCCCAUGACAACCAGGAGUGUGUCCUGCUGCUUGAGCAGGGCCAGGACCCCCCACCCUGGUGGCUUGUGCUCCGCUCCAAGGCAGUCUUCCUCUGCAGGUUAGGGGAAGCCGACUCCAGGGAUGCUUUUGGCCACCGCAGCAUCGUCUCAUGGGCUGCAGCCGCUGGGGUCAUGCUGCACCUGAGCCUGGGGGAUGAGGAGCUGCUCCUGCGCACACCCCAGGCCAAGGAAAUUGUGCAGCUGCUGCUACAGGCUUGCACAGCCGACCAAAAGAUGUAG